CUCUACUACCACCACCACCACCACCAUCACUACCACGGGUAGCUCGCUGCUCGCCAUGGGUGACACGGGCACGAACAUGGCCCACUGGACCGGGCUCUACGGUGGCGGCGGCAGCAACGGUGUGCCGGCUUCGGAGGCGACGGCCGCUGCUGCGGCGGGGACGGUGUCGAGCCCGACGUCCGUGGGGUCGGGAGGGAGCCCGACGCGCCCGGCCGGCGCGCAGCCAGGCGUCGAGGGCGGGCGGGUCGGGAAACCCGCGCGGCGUCGGUCCCGGGCGUCUCGCCGGGCGCCCGUGACGAUGCUCAACACGGACACCUCCAACUUCCGCGCCAUGGUGCAGCAGUUCACCGGCACCCCGUCCGGCCCAUACGGCCCCGGCGGAGACGGCGCGGGCGGGCCCGUGAUCAGCUUCGGCGCCGGUGGUGACUAUGGCGCCAGGGGCGCCGUGCCCGUGAGGCCAUCGCCGACGUCGGCCGUGAUGUCGUUCGACCACCUGGCGGCCUCGCUGCAGGCCCAGCUCUUCAGGCCGCAGCACCAGCAGCAGCAGUACGGCGGCGACGUCGGCUACGGAGGCAGCAUGCACGGCGGCGGCGACAUGUCGUCGUUCUUGCACGGGUUCGAAUCCUCGGCAGAGGACAGGCUGCUGCUGCAGAGCAUCCAGGCGGUGCCGCAGAUGCUGCCCAGGCCAGCUUCGACUAACAACACCAAUGGCUACAACUUUGGCUGAUUAAUCACCCGCUUAAUAAAGAGAGAUCGAUCAGAAGGCUAAUUAAGGUUUAGCAUACAGUAAUUAUUAUGCUUUAGAUGGAGUUAAGCCAGGUAGAUGUGAAAAGAAAUGCAUGUAAAUAUGGUUAGUUUGGGCGUCUGUUUGGCACUCGCGAUGUGUAGUGCAGCUCUUACUCCGAAGGAAAAUUUUCACAUAUACAUGCUCAUAUAUAGUUUAUCAAGACUAUCUAUUUAUAUUAA